AUGUCAAGCGCAGACCUGACCUGGCUGAUCAUCAGAAACAACUCUUCUACACUUUUGAAGAGGAGUAGACAGUACAUGAGUCUGGAACCCAACAAUUUGAAGGGUCGCAACUCUUUCCGCACUGAUAAACUGAUUCUUUCUAGACUGAUUCACCGCAAGACAGUUGUCAUUGAGCCAAUUAAGGAUGGCAAGGGUGUCGUCUUGGUGACUCGUAAAAGCAAGGGUCUUCGCAAAUGUGGUCAGCAUCACGCCGGUCGCCUCUACUUCCCGGGACUGCACCUG